UUCCUUGGCAUUGAGGUUCAGCGCACGCAAGAUUCUAUACUUCUCCAUCAAUCCAAAUAUGCCCGUGAUCUUCUACGCCGAGCUGGGAUGUCCGACUGUCAUCCGGCUAUUACUCCUAUGGCUACGAGACCUAUCACUAAGCCUUUGUUGCCUUUCAAGGAUAUUUCUCAUUUUCGGAGCAUUGUUGGCGGUUUACAUUACUUGGCUGUCACUCGUCCAGACAUUCACAUAAUAUUGGUUGGAUAUUUAUUGGGUGUUAUUAUUAUGUGUGGGAGGGUUUAUGAUAAACUCCGUUGGAUACCCCCGCAGCAAUGGACUCCCCCGGCAACCCAAAAAGAGGGCUCCUUUUCACCCGAGAUUCCCGCGGCUCCCUCGAAGUCUUCAACCCAUCCACUUACUCCACUCGCACCAAUAACCCCGUUUUCCAGCCGUCGUGGAACGCCUGGGACGACUCCCCUCCGCCGCCGCCGCCGCCGGCGGCGGUCACCGUCGGCGAAUCGCCGCCAGUCCUGCCGAAGCUCGGCCAGCUCUUCUCCAGCUCGUCCGGAAGGGCUGAUGAAAUCGCCUCCUGGAUGGCCAUCAAGGAGCCGGCUCCGGCGGGGGAGGAAGUCGGCGCCGCCGCGCAGAGGGCGGCGGAGUGGGGGCUCGUCCUCAAGACCGACGACGAGACCGGGAAGCCCCAAGGCGUCAAAGUCAGAACUUCGGGCGACGAGCCGCCGAAAAGUGUCUCCGGGGCCUCUGCCCGGAGCUCCGGCGAUUCGUACUACGAAGGGACCGCCGGGAAAGAGAAGGGAAUCCCGAGAAUCUCGGAGGAUCUGAGGGACGCCUUGUCGGCAUUCCAACAAACAUUUGUUGUGUCGGACGCGACCAAACCCGAUUACCCGAUUAUGUACGCCAGCGCCGGGUUCUUCAAGAUGACCGGCUACACCUCCAAGGAAGUCAUCGGCCGGAACUGUCGGUUCAUGCAGGGUUCGGGUACGGAUCCGGGGGAUGUGGCGAAGAUCCGAGAAACAUUGGAAUCGGGUUCAAGUUAUUGCGGGAGAUUACUGAAUUACAAGAAAGAUGGCACUCCCUUUUGGAAUCUGCUUACCAUUGCGCCCAUCAAGGAUGAAACUGGCAAAGUGCUUAAAUUUAUUGGGAUGCAAGUGGAGGUUAGCAAGCACACGGAAGGAUUAAAGGAAAAAGUGGUCCGUCCAAAUGGGCUUCCCGAGUCAUUGAUCCGUUACGACGCUCGUCAGAAGGAAGCGGCGACGAGCACAGUGGUCGAUCUAGUGGAGGCGGUGAAGAAACCGUCCCGCGCUAGGGCGCUCAGCGAGUCCACUAACCGCCGUCCUUUCAUCCGGAAGUCCGCCGGCGGCAGCGAAAAGGAACGUUCCGCCGCGAUUCAGUACAAUGGGAGCUCGAAUUACAACGCUCCGCCGGCCAGACGCCACUCCCAUGCCGGCACCCGAUCCUCCCUGAAGAUGGACAAGAUCAGUGAAGUUCCCGAGAAGAAGCCUAAAAAAUCCGGCGGUCCCUCCUUCAUGAGAGUGUUAAGGAAAUCUCGUCAGAGCAGUGACGAUGAUGAUGUAUUCGAGGGGAAUUUCACCAUGGACGAGGAUGAAGAUGAGGGUUUCGCGAGCGACGAUGACGGCGAUGCUCGGCCGGACAGCGUCGACGACAAAGUGAGGAGGAAGGAGAUGAGAAAGGGUAUCGACUUGGCCACCACGCUCGAGCGUAUCGAGAAGAACUUCGUCAUCACCGAUCCAAGGCUGCCUGAUAAUCCCAUUAUAUUUGCAUCGGACAGUUUCCUGGAGCUCACUGAGUACAGUCGUGAAGAAAUUUUGGGAAGAAAUUGCAGGUUUCUUCAAGGACCCGAAACCGACCCGGCUACUGUAAGGAAAAUCAGAGAAGCAAUUGAUACACAGACAGAUGUCACCGUUCAGCUCAUCAACUACACGAAGACUGGGAAGAAGUUCUGGAACUUGUUCCAUCUACAGCCAAUGCGCGACCAAAGGGGAGAGGUGCAAUACUUCAUUGGAGUGCAAUUGGACGGAAGCCAACAUGUAGAGCCGCAUCGCAACUGCAUUCCUGAAGACAAGGCCAAUGAGGGUGUUCACCUGGUGAAAACAGCAGCUGAAAACAUCGAUGAAGCAGUCAGAGAACUUCCAGAUGCCAAUCUGAAACCUGAGGAUUUGUGGAUGAAUCAUUCAAAGGCAGUUCACGCAAAGCCUCACAGGAAGGGAACCUCAUCUUGGAAAGCUAUUCAAAAGAUUCUUGACAGUGGAGAAAAACUAGGCCUGAAGCAUUUCAAACCAGUAAAACCAUUAGGAUCUGGUGAUACUGGCAGUGUGCACUUAGUGGAAUUGUGUGAAACUGGUCAAUAUUUUGCUAUGAAAGCUAUGGAUAAGAAUGUGAUGCUCAAUCGAAACAAGGUUCACAGGGCUUGUGCGGAAAGAGAAAUCCUGGACAUGUUAGACCAUCCAUUUCUUCCUGCACUAUAUGCUUCAUUUCAGACCAAAACUCAUGUUUGUCUAAUAACUGAUUACUGUUCUGGUGGCGAGCUAUUCCUCCUCUUGGAUAGACAACCAACAAAAGUGUUGGAGGAGGAUGCCGUAAGAUUCUAUGCUGCAGAAGUUGUAGUAGCGCUAGAAUAUCUUCACUGUCAAGGUAUAAUUUAUAGAGACUUAAAGCCUGAAAACAUUUUAAUCCAAAGCAGCGGCCACAUAGCGUUGACUGAUUUUGAUUUGUCAUGCUUAACAUCCUGCAAGCCACAGCUUCUAGUUCGUGAAGCCAAUGAGAAGAAAAAGCAUAAAAAAGGACAACGGGAUCCAAUAUUCAUGGCUGAGCCAAUGCGUGCUUCAAAUUCUUUUGUUGGAACUGAAGAAUAUAUAGCUCCGGAAAUCAUAACUGGAGCAGGCCAUACCAGUGCAGUGGACUGGUGGGCUCUUGGCAUUCUUCUAUAUGAAAUGCUUUAUGGAUAUACACCAUUCAGAGGCAAGACCAGACAAAAGACAUUUGCCAACAUUCUGCACAAGGACCUCAAAUUUCCAGGAAGUAUACAAGUUAGUCUGCCAGCCAAGCAGCUAAUUUACAGAUUGCUGCACAGAGAUCCUAAAAACAGGUUGGGAUCACGCGAAGGAGCAAACGAGAUCAAGCGACAUCCGUUCUUCAAAGGAGUAAAUUGGGCUUUAGUCCGAUGCAUGAGUCCUCCAAAGCUCGAUGCUUCUCAUUUUGGAGCAAGUGCAGACGAGAAAGACGAAAAAACUGACCCUGGAAUGGAGGACUUAGCAGCAAAUAUCUUCUAAAAAGGCAGAGGGAAGCCCGAUACAGAUGACCGGCUCAUUCCUGAUCAAUGCAAACAAGGUUAGGGAUGACGAUCGAUGAGAAAGAAAGUCAAGAGCAAAUCUGCAGUUUUACUUUUGUCAAUUUUUAUUUUGCUUUGGCAUUUGUAAAGGAAAUCACACUAUUCUUAAUUGGUGUUAAUGGUGUUUCCCCUUUCCCACUUUGAUGUUCUUACAACGUGUAAUUGUGUACCAUGUUGUUUGUAUUCAUGUACUGCAUUUCAACUACUUUCAAGUUAAAAUUAACCUACCCCAUUCUC